CAGAAGAGUUCGUUGGUGAAUUUAAUAUCCAACGGCGGGUGCAGGAUGGUUUGCAACCGCGCAUUACUGUUUUUGGCGCGAAUUAUUGUCUAUCUCCCUUCUCAUACAUUUUCGCCCAAAAUUUCUGCAACAUAACAAUCUCACCUGCAAUUCAAUGGCGAUUCAAAUUCAUCCAUCUCUUCGAUCAUUCCUCUUAACGUCUUCAGAGUAUCCUUCCUGUGAAAGUAAUGGCUAACGAGAAUGCGUCUACCAAUCUGAUGAUUCUACUGUUUAAGUUGUGUUGCUUGGAGUCUUCAUUUCCUCUCAAAGAUUUGUCUUACAAGAAAUCGGAAUUGUGAUGCUUAUUGGACCAAAAGAACGUAAAAGUUCCAUAAAAGUGUCUGCAUCUGACACUUGAAAUUUAACUCUGUCCAACACUGGUUCCGGAUUUGAGUAAUAGCAUGUGGCAAUCAGACUAAUAUCUUAGUGUUAUAGUUGAUCCGCUGACUUCUUAUAUGGUGUCCCGACAGGCCGACAGAAACAAUAAUGUGAUAUUCAGAACAUGAGCUGCAGCCUGCAGUAGUUUAAAUGAUGUUAUUAUGAGAGUUUCAAGAAAAUCGAGGACCACUGACAUGAAAAAUCAUUUGUGACAAACAUACCUUUCUGACAGCCAUGAAGAGAAUUUAUUGAGAGGACAUUGUAUGCAGCCGUCCAAGUUCCAAGUUCUGCUGCAGCAGUUGGGUUUUUACAAAUUUAUUUUUUGCAGUAUGGCCAUUGUUGAAUCAUCCCAACCUCUUUCUAUUGAAAGCUUUUCCUACAGUUGGCUGAUAAACCUAAAACCUUCCCUUGAAAGCCUCAGUGAAUCCUUCAGAGCUGCUAUGGAUUCAUCCGAUGAAUCUUUUUUCAUCGAGAUGGACCCAAACAUGCCGGCUUCAAAGAGGUUUAAGAAACUUGACAAGGAUUUUGAUUUUAAUCUUCCAUUCUCGGAGCAAACUACGGCUGCCAUUGUACAUGCCGAUGAGCUCUUCUGUGAUGGCCUCCUCAUGCCUCUUGUUAACUCAUCAAGGAACAAAGCAUAUAGUGAUUCAAGUCCAUGUGCUUCUCCUUUGUCAGAAUUUCAGAACACAAACACUGCUUCAGGUGAUCGUAAGAUCCGUUGUUCUUCCUUGAGAAGGUGUAGGAGCUUAUUGUCCAGGAAGAUGUUUGAAAAAUAUUUGUACUUUAUGUUCCCAUUAUUGGAAAAAUUGAGAUGCUGCAGAUCAAAGUCCAAAAUUAGAGCAGCUGAUGAUGGAAUCUGGGUGAAGAAUAAGAGCAGUUCAUUUUCACCACAAGCAUCACCUCGAACUAGUGUAGGUUCCUUCCCUGGUGACAUGAGGCGGUCUUGUGAUUCCGAGAGCUCAAUUAAUGAGGCGGUUCUUCACUGUAAAAAAUCAUUUGGUAUGUAAUUUUAGAGUUCUUCAGUAUUCUUGUAGUUAUGUAAUGACAGGUUUUGUACAUAGAGAAGGAACCAUAAUACCGUGAUGAUAGAAACAAGUACCAUAUUACCGAGUACUAAAUUUUACAAUUUUGCAGAUAAAGGGAAUGAGAGGUUGAGAGAUGUCUGUGUUCUCCCUCUCAUCCCCUCCAUGUACUCUCCCUUUCUUUGCUACCAGUAUGGUGCAACUUAAUGUAGUGGUCCUGUUAUGGGACGAAGAAAAAAGAGAAUAUUCAUCUAUAAGAAUUUCCUUUUUAUCUUCUAUUUUUCC